AUGGAGACAAAUUACAAAGAAUCAGCGAAAGAGGAUUCAAGUUCUGUAAUAAUUAUCCUACAUCCUGACAUUGAAAAGUCUAACAGUUCUCUUUCCUCAGCUCGAAUUCUGGAAAGGGAUGCAAAUUAUUUUUCAGCUCGACCAACCAGAAGUAUUUUGUUAAUUGGAAGUAGUCAGAGACACAGCAAGAUUUCGUGCCUGGACUUUCACCUUUUAUUCUCCAGUGUGUUGCUUUUGACAGUAGGCCUCGUUUUGGUGACAUCAUCUGUAUGGUCUUUUGUCGUGAGACUUCCUCUGAUUCACUUGGCACCGGAAGCCUUUCGGACAGUCUUCAUUCUGUGCAGCUACAAUCUUGUCUCUGGUGCUGCAACACUUCCGGCAUCCUGUAUGGCCUAUAGAGCUCACAACAUGCCUCGCACUCGGAAUUCUUUGACCCCGAUGGUGAUACUAUUAUGCAUAAGCUCUGUUUUUCUGAUUUGUGGAGUCACUCAUGGUCUCAUUUACCGGAAGGCUGGUCAUAUGGAGCUGGGUGAGCGGAUAGAACCAGCGGAACACUUGCGUUGCUGUGGCUUUAAUGGGACCAACAACUGGACCACCUACUCGAGCCAGGCUGGUACAUCUGCGUCCUGCUAUGAUUCCAGAGAAUUGUAUCGUACGAGUACCGGUCAAAGGCUCGGGAGGCAGCGGGAAGUUUGGAUGUUUAUAUCCAAAGCCAGGGGCUAUAUUCGGGUCAAGAGAAGAGGCUUUGCAAUCUGGAAUGUGCGUAGCAGAAGGACCACAUAACAAUUACAAAUGUCGAUAAAUGUUAAC